AUGGCCGCCCAUAUUGCCCCUCAACCGAAGGCAAGCGAAAUAGUCCCACAAAAGCCAAUCACCACCCAGUGGGUCUCACUUGUGGCUGGGGGAGUUGCUGGAGGUGUGGAAGCCGCUGUAACUUACCCUUUUGAAUACUCCAAGACUCGCGUUCAAUUGGUGCAAUCGAAGGCGGCAGUGAAUAUUUCAGACCCUUUCAAAUUGAUUCUCCAGGUCGCGCGACAUGAAGGAAUUUCUACCCUUUACACCGGCUGCUCCACCUUGAUCAUUGGCACCAGCGGAAAGGCGGCGGUGCGUUUCCUGUCAUACGACACUAUUCGAGAUUGGCUAUCAGAUGAAAAAGGCAAACUUUCAACCGGACGUGGCGUUCUCGCAGGAAUGGCUGCCGGUGCGGUGGAGAGUGUUGCCGCUGUCACACCUACGGAAAGAAUCAAGACGGCAAUGAUAGAUGAUGCGAAGACAAACCGGCAAUUCAGAUCUGGAAUUCAUGCAGCGAGUGUUUUGGUGAAAAGGAAUAGCCUUGGGGAGCUAUAUCGAGGUCUCGUUUCCACCACUGUGAAGCAAUCAGCAACUUCUGCCGUACGCAUGGGUACCUACAACAUCUUGAAAGAAACAAGCAAAUCACAAGGUAUCACCCCGAAUGCAUUCACCUCGUUUGCAAUGGGUGCUUUAGCGGGACUUGUGACUGUGUAUGCUACUCAGCCUUUUGAUACGCUCAAAACUCGAGCACAGAGUGUUGAAGGAGCAGGCCUCGCUGAGGCAACCAAGAGCGUACUACGUGACUAUGGAGUUCGGGGUCUCUGGAGAGGAAGCUCUAUGCGCCUGGGACGUCUGCUCCUCAGCGGUGGCAUUGUCUUUUCUGUUUAUGAGCAGGUAUCGGCUUUUCUCUCUCCCGUAUAA